AUGGCUUCCCAGCCUUCCAGCAGCUCCGACUCGGACGAUGGGCUGCUUCGAGCCCUCAGCAGCUGCGCAGCUCCGGAGCCCCGUUCGGCCCGUUCUGGGUGCGGCUUCUGCGGCGGCUGCUGUACGGUGCGACCACAGGCCCAUGAAGUGGUGACCUACAAGGCUCACACUGCAGGAUGUGACUGCAAGGGAUGGUUCCGCACAGUCUUCUUCCUGCGGGGUCGGCCCAUUCUGCACGUGCUGCCUCCGCUGCUGGCCAUCAGCCUAAUGACGAUCUUCUGCGCGCUGGCCAAAGAUCCUCGGAACCUGCUGGGAAGGGAAUGGGAUUUACCGCACCUGGAAGAUAUCCUCAAGGAAGAUUAUGCCCUGCUGCUGACGCCUUUAUCCUUUCUGCUGGUCUAUCGCCUGAACCGCAGCGCAGUGCGCUUCUACGACGCGCGCGCGGCGGCGGGGAAGCUGAUCGAAACCUGUCGGGUGCUGGCGGGGGAGGUGGUGCGCUUCGGAGUCCAUGAUCCAGGUGCGGUGGAGGAGAUGUGCCGCUGGAUCGUCAGCUUCCCCGUGGCCACGCGGAACUUCCUGCGGCAAAAUCCGGGGGAGCUGGCGGAACUGGAAGGAAUCUUGAAGGAGAAGGAAAUUGAGAGAUUGAAGAUGGCCCCUGUGCAAACUCUUUACUGUUGCGAUCGCAUGCGGCAAGCUGCUCUGAGAGUCACCAGGAGUAACACAAAGGACUCAGCACCUUUGGUUGCCAGCAUGUUCCAGAGUAUGGAGGAGCACAUCUGUAGCCUCACUGGUGCCAUGGGAGCCAUGGAACGGAUCAACAACACGCCGCUGCCCUUCGCGUAUGUCUCACACCUGCGAACCUGUUUGGUGCUCUACCUUCUGGGCCUGCCCUGGAUGUUGAGAACGCCAUCGUGGUGGUCUGUUCCGCUGGUGAUCCUCAUCUCCUACGCCCUCUUAGGCGUGGAAGCUGCGGCCGUGGCCUGCGAGCGCCCCUUCCAGGAUCAGGCGAACCACCUGCCCUUCGACCAGUUCGCCAAGGUCGUGGCUGAGAACGUGAGGCAAAUUCUGGAGCAAGCGGAGGAUGAGACGACUUUGUCGACCAAGGACUGUGGAUUGAGGCUCUGA